AGAACGCUCAGCAGCUCUUUCUUUUUCUUCAUGUCCACUUGAGCUUCCGAGGCUACGCCCUAGCACCGUCUCACUGCAAGCGAAGUUCAGAUAUUAAACAUUCAGACAUUACCUCAGACGAUACUCUCCUAUAAGCACAUUUUAUGCCACCUAUCGAUAAUGGCAGAAAAGAUCAGAGGUUUGAAUGUGGUGUUACUGGGAAGAUCAGGGAUUGGGAAAAGUGCUUCAGGAAACACAAUCCUGGGACGAGAAGCUUUCAAAUCAAAGAAAAGCUCUUCUUCAGUCACACGAGACAUAGCUGUGGAAUCUGGGAGGGUCUGUGAACGAUGGGUCACUGUCUAUGACACACCAGGAUUGUUUAACUCAGAGCUGAGUGAUCAUGAGAUUCAAAGGAAAUUUAUAAAGACUUUUCAGGAAUGUGAAUCAGAUUCCUGUGUGUUUCUGCUGGUUAUCAAAGUUGACAGAUUCACAGGAAAAGAGAGGAAAACUGUGGAGAAUAUUGAGGAACUGCUGGGAGAUGAGCGCCUGAAAAAAACCUGGAUCCUCUUCACCAGAGGAGACAAACUGGAGGAGGACAACAUGACAAUAGAAGAAUAUAUUAAUCAGUCUGAGCCACUGAAGAAAGUGAUUCAGAAAUAUGAUCAGAGAUACCAUGUGUUCAACAACAAGAAUAAACGACCAAGUGUGCAAGCUAGACUGCUACUUAAAAGAAUUAUCCAGAGCUUAAAAGAAUCAGAUGUUCCUGUUGACAAUCUCUCAUCCCGACGGCUUGUUCUUCUGGGUAAAAGUGGAGUUGGGAAGAGUGCAGCUGGAAACACAAUCCUGGGAUGGAGAGAGUUCAUAUCUGUACAGAGAAUGAGUUCAGUAACGUGUGUAUGUUCAGAGGAAAAUGUCACUGUUUCAGGCAGAUCUGUGUCUGUAGUUGAUACUCCUCCAUUCUUUGACACACAGAUGAGACCUGAAGAGUUAAUGAUGGAGAUAGCCAGAAGUGUGUAUUUAUCCAGUCCUGGACCUCACGCUUUUCUCAUUGUGUUGAGAGUAAUAGACCGAUUCACUGAACAGGAGCAGCAGAUUCCUCAGAUGAUUGAGAUGAUAUUUGGUCAGGGAGUGUUAAAAUACUCAAUCAUUCUCUUCACUCAUGGAGAUCUGCUGGAAGAUGAGCCCAUAGAGAAACUCAUUGUGGAGAACAGGAGAUUAAGAGAUCUAGUUCAGCAGUGUGGAGGCAGAUAUCACGUCUUCAACAAUAAAGAUCUGAACAACAGAGAGCAGGUGAAUGAUCUCCUGCAGAAGAUUGACUCAAUGAUAGCACGGAAUGGAGGAGGAUACUACAGUAAUCAGAUGUACGACGAUGCUCAGAGAUUCAGACAAGAGGAAGAAGAGCAGAGACUGAGAUAUGACGAGAAUAGAAGAAGAGAGGAGAAACAAAGACGUGAGAUGGAGAGAGUCAGAGCAGAGCCUGAAGCUUAUAAAUCUGAACAAGAAAGACUUCGAGCAGUGAGACAGAGAGAUGAAGAGAAGAGAAGAAAGGGGGAGAAACAAAAAGAUUCCUGUGUCUGUAGUUGAUACUCCUGGCUUCUUCAGCACUUCCAUUAAAAGCUGAUGGAUGAAUGACUGAAAGAGGAGACUGAAGAGAAAGCCAUAGCAGAGAACGACAGGAGCAGAGCUUUAUUUUUCACACUGGACACAGAGAGAUGAAGAAUGAAGACCAGGAGA